AACAGUCAGGUAUCUUCUGUGGGUGGUCCUAGCACCGCUCACUUGACCAGAGCUCGAGUUAGCGCCAUGUGGACCGUCAGGGCUUUUGUCGUGCUGUGCUUAGUUGCUUCGGUCUUCAGUGACGAACGAAGCGCCUUCGCUAACGCGCAGGCAUCGGCGCUCGCGCAGGCCAGCGCUGGUGGCUUCGGUGGCUUGGACAAAAUAUGGACAAAAUGCCUUUACGAGGGUCAGAUGUACUACGACUACAACCUCGGUGGGGGUUGUUUGGUGUGCGCCUGCUUCCUUACCAACGGAUACCUCUCGCCCAAGUGUCGCUCGUGUAACGGAUGUGGAUACGAACCCCCCCAACCCGAACCGAGCCCAGUUCCGAUAAUCCCACCAAAUCCACCAAUCAACCCAUGCCCGCCACCAAUUGUCAUUCCGGGACCACCAAGGCCAUACCCUGUGCCUGUACCAGUUCCCGGAAAACCAAUCAUCAUUCGCGUACCAGUACCAGUACCAUCCCCACCUAUCUACGUGCCGGGACCACCCAGACCUUAUCCUGUACCAAAACCUGUGCCCGUACCAUACCCAGUUAACCGACCCUACCCAGUUCCUUCCCCACCAAGAAUCAUCACUGUACCUGUACCCGUUCCUCGUCCUUAUCCAGUACCAGGACCAGAAAGGGACAUUCCCAUACCAGUGCCUGUACCUUCUCCACCUGUGCGUAUUCCGGUUCCAGUUCCAGGACCUGUUAGGCCCAUACCUUUCCCUGUACCAUCCCCUCCAGUACCUAUACCAGUUCCUGUAGAGGUUGACAGAUACAUUACAGUGCCAGGCAAAGACCGAUUAGUCCCUGUUCCCUUACCAAUCACUCAUAACAAGUACUACCCAGUUCCCAUUGUCGUCUAUGUCGCUCCCUUGUGCCGAGGACACGCCCCAUUUGUACCAUUCCGAGUUCCUGGAGAUGUCUGCCAAAUUCAUACUUGCAAGAUUAAAUACAACUAUGUAUACCUAGAUACUCAAAAAGAUCCGGACUGUGACAACAACCCAUAUCAACCAAUCGGACCGUUUCUCGGAGGUUCUUCCGCAUCAGCUAUCGCUAACGCCAACGCUAACGCUAACUCUUGGGGAGGCUCAAGCGCUCAAGCAGAUGCAGAAGCCAACGCCAAUGCAUUAUCCGGAGAUUGGGGUAGCUUGGGUGGACUCGGUGGUAGUGCGAACGCUGAUGCCAGUGCCGAAGCCAAUGCUAAUGCUUAUGGUGGUUUAGACGGUCUAGGUUUCUCGAGCGCACAAGCAAAUGCUCAAGCUAACGCUAACGCUAACGCAGGUGGUUUGAUAGGCAGUUUAGGAGGGUUGGGAGGUUUAGGAGGGUUGGGAGGUUUAGGAGGGUUAGGAGGCUUAGGAGGCUUAGGAGGACUAGAUUUCGACACGAUACGUGGUGGUUUGUCAAAUGCUCAAGCUAACGCCCAAGCUAAUGCCCAAGCUAACGCUAAUGCCCAAAGUUGGGGAGGUGGAUAUUCAAGUGCCGAAGCUAACGCUGAAGCCAAUGCCAAUGCUAAUGCUAAUGCAUAUGGCGGAGCAUUAGGUGGACUAGGUGGUUUAGGUAGUAGUUUUGCCAAUGCUCAAGCUAACGCCGAAGCUAAUGCUAAUGCUUUCAGCGGAGGUUGGGGAGGACUAGGAGGUUUAGGUAAUAGUUUUGCCAAUGCUCAAGCUAACGCCGAAGCUAAUGCUAAUGCUAUCAGCGGAGGUUGGGGAGGACUAGGAGGUUUAGGUAAUAGUUUUGCCAAUGCUCAAGCUAACGCCGAAGCUAAUGCUAAUGCUAUCAGUGGAGGUUGGGGAGGACUAGGAGGUUUACGUAAUAGUUUUACCAAUGCUCAAGCUAACGCCGAAGCUAAUGCUAAUGCUAUCAGUGGAGGUUGGGGAGGACUAGGAGGUUUAGGUAAUAGUUUUGCCAAUGCUCAAGCUAACGCCGAAGCUAAUGCUAAUGCUUUCAGCGGAGGUUGGGGAGGACUAGGAGGUGGAUAUUCUAGUGCCCAAGCUAACGCAGAAGCUAAUGCUAAUGCUAAUGCAUAUGGCGGAGCAUUAGGUGGGCUGGGAGGUUUAGGUGGACUAGGAGGAUUCGGUAAUAGUUAUGCCAAUGCUCAAGCUAACGCUGACGCUAAUGCCAAUGCUUAUCGUGGUGGAUUAGGAGGUUUGUCUAGUAGUUUAGCUAACGCCCAAGCUAACGCCCAAGCUAAUGCCGAAGCUAAUGCAUUCAGUGGAGGCUAUGGAGGACUUGGUGGAAGUUGGGCAAACGCCGAAGCUAAUGCCAAUGCUAAUGCUAACGCUAACGCUAACGCAGCCGGUUUGUUAGGUGGUUUAAGAGGGUUAGGCGGUUUAGGAGGAUUAGGAGGUUUAGGAGGGUUAGGAGGCUGGGGUGGUGCCAAUGCUCAUGCCAACGCUGAAGCCUUAGCAAACGCUAACGCUGGUGGAUACGGUGGUGCCUGGUCUGAUGCCUCUGCGUCAGCUUUGGCGCUUGCCAACGCCGGAGCAUGGGGCAAAACUGCACCAACAGAAGAAUGAGAAGUUUUCAAAAAUAAGAUACAAAAGAUUCUAGUGAUCUCCAAUUACUGACCCUGCACGAACAUGGAUAAUGAUAUACUUUUAGUUUAUUGAGCAUAAUAAAAAAGGACAAAUUGUACGCUCCAUACUCAAAAAUAAUAAAGUGGGAUGAAAUUUAA